AUCCGGAAGAGAUAACGGGUAUUAUGUCCCUACCUGCUGGGAGGGGAAGUUGGUCGGCUCCCGUCCUCCCGAUCAAGCGAUCUGCAGGUACAUCGACAAAGUACCGAGAGUUAUGCCUAUUGAUUAGCUAGUAUACAGCAGGAGGGCCACGCUGGCUAUGGAACAAUAGGGUAUCAGCAGAGAUUAUUCUCUUCAGGCACUGCAAAAUGCAUCGGCGAUGGCGUGCCACUGCUUGUUUGCGCUUGUUUGUGCCUGUUAUUCCCAGAGCCAGGUCACGCUUGACGCGUCUGUUAAAUAUUCCAUGCCAUUCUGCAAGGCGUGGCUAUCCUGCAGUCGAGCCGCUCAACCCGAGGUCAGCAACAGGGUAUCUAGUUGGGUGUGCAGACUGCAUCCCAGAAUGCUUGGGUGCCAAUUCCAGAGUUUGUUUGUGCCCUGGAGCGCCGCUCCUUUUUCGCCCUGCUGCUAGAAUGUUUCAGGGAAAUAGCGUCAGUCUAACCUUGGUGCGUCUAUUGGCUUUUACAUCUGAACUCUGCGGGAGGCGUGGCCUCAUUUUGCAUACCUCGCUCAGAAUCCGAGAGUAAGCAUCCCUUGUACAGCAAACCAUAUUCAUCCUUCAAGGUACAACGUACUUCUGUACACAUUGCUGUAGAUAAAAAUUGCUCUCUGAUG